CGAAAAUUCGUUAAUGAUUUUGGAGAUGUUACUUUUCAGAUAAUGUUUUUGGGUUUUUAAUUUCGAAAAUAUGCAAGAUACAUUGUCCAGUGUUUUGUACGACGAAACAUUGGACUUUUCUCCAUACCAUAAUGAAGAGAGGCCAGGGUAAGAAAUCACAUUGUCAAUCAGAAUUACUGGAUACUAGCUAUCAAGGAAUAUCAACUGAAGCAUUUAAAUACAUACAGAAACGUCAGUAUGGAAACACAGUACCAAAUCCACAUAAACUUUUAUCAGAAUAUACUUCUCAACAAAUACCACGUAUUGUACAGGAGAAAGAAUAUGAAUUAGGAAAAAUUAAUAAAAUAUUUGCUUCACAAUGGUUAAAUGACAGACAAGUAGUUUUUGGUACCAAAUGUAACCAGUUAAUAGCAUUAGAUUUGUUAAAUAGUCAAAUGACCCACAUUCCCACAUUGAGAAGUAGUGAAGAAAGCAUUCCAGCAGAUUGUCCUUGUGGUAUUCAUGCAGUAGCUGUUAAUCCGUCCCAUACCCUAUUAGCUACUGGAGCUAGUCAUACUAAUGAUAUAGCUGUGUACAGUUUACCAACAUUUGAUCCUGUUUGUGUUGGUGAGCGAGCUCAUACAGAUUGGAUAUUUGAUUUAGUGUGGGUUGAUGAUGAAUUCCUAGUCUCAGGUUCUAGAGAUAGUCAAAUUGGUUUAUGGAAGAUUGAUAAUAAUGGUAGUGAUAAACCAGUCAAAUUAAGCAGUCUCUAUUUACCAGAUUAUGAUGUCAAUUAUCCUCUAGAAAAGUGUGUAGUACCCAAAGCUCAGAAAGUUCGGGCUUUAUCAUAUCAUGUAAAUAGAAAAGAAUUAGGAAUAUUAUCAUUAAAUGCUUUGAUACAUUUAUGGGAUGUUGAGACUUUCCAAUCUAAAUCAACAAGAAAGUUGGUACACUAUAAAGAAUGUGUGUGUAUGUCAGUAAGUGAAGAAAAACAACUGUAUGCAGUUGGAUCUCAAUCACAUGUAACACUUGUUGAUCCUAGGGUUAAAAAUUUAACAGCUUUUCCUUCCAAACAUAGAGAUAGAGGUAUACGAUCAGUGGGGUUUAAUAAAGAUAUUAUUAGUAUUGGUACUGGUAUAGGUUAUAUGUUAUUUUAUGAUCUUCGAGCUAAUAAAUACCUAGAGUUAGGCUGUCAACAUUCAUUUUCUUUAAAUAUUGGUAAAGGAUGGUUGAGGAUUGAUGAUAAUUUUCGAGAUUUUUUUAUUGAACAAGAAUAUCCUAAUGCUAUUUAUACACACAGUUAUGAUGAAAGUGGUACCAGGUUAUUUGCUGCAGGAGGACCUUUACCUGCAGGAUUGUGGGGAAACUAUGCUGGGAUGUGGUACUAAUAUCACCAUAUUUUUUAACCUUAUGUACACCAGAUUUUUGUGGAUAUUCUGAAAGAAUUUUACUUAAAAAAUUUGACUUUAUACGAAUGUGACCAUUUAAAAAAGUGAUAUUAUAGCUUAGAAUGACCAUAUUAUUAUAUAUCAUACAAUUUUUGGUUCUUUGUAGUCAAACCUUUUUUUUUUUGCUAGUACUCUGAUUUUAUAAAUUUUAACUUUUGAAAAGUUUAGGUUGUGAAAAGUUGUGUGAAAAUUU